CUCCAUUUUGUUAUCUCCCCUUGACUUGAUAUGGCAUUAUUGAAAGGGUUAUGGUUUCGGAGUGUGCUUAGUAUUAACAGUAGAUUAUCAGUAACAGUAGAAGUUAUAACUAAACACAACAGAUUUUAUUCUGGACUACCAAAACCAAAAUCCAACGUAACCAUGGAGCCGGUCAAAACGGAAGCGUGCCGAGCCAUCGACGAAGAUUCAGACAAUUUAAACAAAUUAAGUCAAAACAUUUGGAACCAUCCUGAAUUAUGUUUUGAGGAGCAUCACGCGCAUAAAGUUUUGACAGAUUAUUUAGAAAAACAUGGUUUUAGUGUCGAGAGGGAGCACAAACUCAAGACAGCAUUUAAAGCUGUUUAUAAAGGAGGUGCCGGACCUAAUAUUGCUGUUUUCUGUGAGUAUGAUGCAUUACCAGGUAUCGGACAUGCCUGUGGUCAUAAUUUGAUUGCUGAGCUAGGAGUGGCUACUUCUAUUGGAAUAAUGGCUGGUAUGAAAGCAUCGAAUAAAGAAUUGGGGACCUUGACGGUACUUGGAUCACCAGCAGAAGAAGGUGGUGGAGGUAAAAUAGAUCUGAUUAAUGCUGGUGUGUUAGAUGAUAUUGAUUGUGCUAUGAUGGCUCAUCCUUCACAGUUCAUGUUACCUAGACCUAUAUAUGUCGCGAUGAAUCAGGUUGUAAUUCGGUUCAAGGGCAGAGCUUCACAUGCUGCAGGGUUUCCAUGGGAAGGUAUAAACGCUCUAGACGCUGCUGUCAUGUGUUAUCAGAACAUAUCGUGUCUACGACAACAGAUGAAGCCAACAUGGCGAGUUCAUGGUGUAAUAACUAAAGGAGGUGAGAAACCCAAUAUAAUACCAGAUUUAACAGAAUUAUUGUAUUAUAUCCGUGCACCAACUAAUCCAGAACUAGACGUAUUAAUUAAUAAAGUUGAUUCAUGUAUCAAGGCAGCUGCUACAGCAACAGGAUGUACUGUUGAUUGUGAAUAUAGUAAGAAACCGUAUUCAGCUUUAGUCUCUAAUAAUACUCUUGCUUCUUUAUACGAGGUGAACGGGAAUAAAGUGGGAAUACAAACUGAAACAAAUCCAGAUAUUUUAAGGAAACAGGGAGGAUCAACGGACAUGGGGAAUGUAUCACAAGUCGUACCAAGUAUACAUCCUAAAUUCAAUAUUGGUACAACAGCUGUUAACCAUUCUCAAGAAUUCACAACAGCUUCAGGGUCUCCUGUUGCUCAGGGUUACACUUUAUCGGUUGCCAAGGCACUGGCAAUGACAACAUUAGAUGUGAUGAUGAACCCAGAUUUACUGAAGCAAGUUAAGGAAGAUUUCAAAAUGGAUAUGCAAAAAUAAAAGAUAGUCGACUGCAGAAAAAAGGUCUUAUUUUUAAAAAAAAACAACAUGCAAUCAGAGAACAGUAGGACUUUUGGCAUAAAUUUCACCAUAAGGGAUGCUGAAUGUUGGGAGAUUUUGAAUUCUUCGUGUUCUUUUAAAUACUGAUUAGAACUGAGCCAUUUAUGGUCUGAUUUCCUUGAGUGAUUCAACUUUUCCAAUAUUGUAGUUUUGAUGCAAUAAUAAACACCUUUAUCCUAUCUUAUUUGUAUAUAAAUAUGUUUUCCUUAGAAUAUUAACGAUAAUAAAACUGUGAUAUUACU